AUGAUUGCAUCGAAAGUCUCGAGCCAGAAGACAGGAUCCAAGCAUGGAUUGUGGAAGGAGCGCUUCCAUGUCGCGUGGUAUCGAGUACCCACCGAGCUUUUGCUCGAGAUAGCGAAGCACCUCGAGAGUCAAGCGUGGCUUAACGCGUUCGCCCGCACAAAUCAACACACCUUCAGCAUCAUGAACCCAUACCUGCACCGAUAUAACGCAGACUACCAGCAACACAGCGCUCUUGCGUUUGGCGACAUCAGCGCAAAAAUCGGCUCAAUUAUACCAACCAGCGACGAAGGGUUUCACACACCUAUUUGUUACGCACUACAACAUGGGCAAACGCGAGUGCUUGGGCUGCUUCUCAACGAGUAUGGUGCCGAUAUUGAACAGCACUGUUGCAAGUCGAUGACGCCACUGAACUAUGCCGCGGGUCUGGGAAAGCUCGAAUUUUUCUUUCAGGCGCUGCACUUUAUCGUGCGUACCACGAGCCUUUAA